AUGUCGUCCCCUCCGCGAACGCCUUCGUAUAGGCCAGCGUCCUCCCACCGCCGACACCCUUCAAGCCUCGACAUACCCUCCAAUACACACUCGCGGCGAGGGUCGAUGAGCCGUCGCUCGGUGGGGUACUCACCCAUAACACCACGCUCGUCGCGCGAAUUCGACCACGGCAGCCCAGCACACCACUUCGAUGGCGGGGGAGACAGCAAUGGCCUGGGCAACCUGGCCGACGAGCUGGGCGAGAUCUGGGACGACGAUGAAGAGCCCAUGGACGGCGAGUUUGGGGAAGAGCUGGACAUGCCACAUGACGACGGCCUGGAGAUAGGCACCGCUGUGGAACACGACGGCUCGUAUGGGACUGGCAGCGCCGUUAUUCUCAAUGGCGUGCGGGACAGUGGGGUGUCGAUGCAGUCGUCUCCUUCGGCACAUUCCAGAGCAACACUGAGUCCACAGGCGGCCAUCAGGGCGAGGAAACACAACCGGCAUCGCUCGCUGUACGAUGGCUCGGAUUAUGGCUCGGACUCGGAUAUGGACAACGAGGGCAUCUCUCCUGCGCUGGAUGCGAGGAUCGCUGCUAUAGAAAGUCUCGCGCGGAGAGGCAUGGAGGAGAAUGGAAGUGGGUCAGACGACGUCGUCAAGCGCGUCACAGAGCAACUGAAGGAUCUGGGGAGUCAGAUCGCCAUUGAGAACGGAGCUACAAGACUCAAGACCGCCCACGACGCCCUCACAACCCACCUAACCCACCAAUCCCGCACCCUCACCUCCCUCACCGCCUCCCUAACCGGCCCCCGCGCCAUCAUCCCCGACCCAGACACAAUCGACACCCUCCUCCCCCUCAUCACCUCAACCCUCGAACUCAUCCCCCACGCCUCCCCAGACCCCCUAGUCUCCCUCUCCCACCUCACCCUCUCAACCCGCGAACUCCUCCAACACCUCUCCAACAUCGACGACACACUCCACAUGUCCCGCCAAUUCACAACAAACGCCUCCCGCCGCCUGCGCACGAGCAAAGAGCAGCUACAGGAGUGGAAGCGCGAGAACGAGCGCGCGGAGGAGGGGCGCGCGUUCAUCGAGAGGGGCGACUGGGAUCGUAGACUCCGGGAUCGAGAGGCGAAGCGGACGUGUGCGGAUAUUCUUGAUGGGUUCGAGGAUGCGUAUGGGGUUUGGAGGAAGAGGUUGUGUGAGGGGUUGGGUGUGGCUAGUGCGUAG